GAGGCCGGGGGGGGGGGGUAAACGGCCGCUUAGCGCAGGCGCACUGCGGCCUCCCGCCACAAUAUCCCCCGGGUCUUCCCGCUGAUUGCCUCGAGGACUGCGUGGAGCUUCGUGCUAGGAAAACAGCUUUUUCUUUAAAAAAUAUGGCUGUUUCAAAAGCAGAAGUCACGCGUGAGCUUUGACCUUUCCGUACGGCAAGAUGGCGGCUCACAUGCUCCGCCCGCCGCGGGGCGGGCUCUGCGCCGGCGCGGCCGAGCGGCAAGAUGGCGCUGGCCAGGAGCGUGGCGCUGCUGCGGGGGGCGGCGGGCAGCCUGCGCGGCCCGGUGCGGGCCCGGCGGCCGCUGUGGGCCCAGGUGACCCCGGGCGCCUCGGCCCGAGCCUGCAGCGCCGACGCGGCGCCCGCCGGCCCCGCGGAGCCGCCGGCCUUUGACACCGCCUCGCGCUACCAGGACAAGCCCUGGGAGUACCUGGAGAGCGAAGAGUACGAGGCGACGUACGGCGACAAACCCGUCUGGUUCGGCUACCGGCGCAACCACAAAGGCGCCAUCCCGCCGCAGAAGACGCGCAAGGCCUGUUUGCGCAAGGGCAAGCCGGUUGGAAACCCCUGUCCCAUCUGCCGCGACCGCAACCUCUUCCUAGAUUUCCGAAACGUCAAGCUCCUGGACCAGUUCAUCUGCCCCCACUCGGGUGUUGUCUACCACCCCACGUACACGGGUAUCUGCAUGAAGCAGCACAAAAACCUGACGAAAGCCGUCGAGCAGGCGCAGGACCACGGGCUGCUGUGGCUGCGGGUGCCCUACGUGGCGGCGCCGCGGGAGGACUACAGCAACCGGCACCCGGCGGUGAGCAAGACGCCGCCGGCGCCCGAGCUGCAACGCGGGGCCCCCUGGUACCCGUGGUACGAGUGGCGCCAGCCCCCCGCCACCGCCGUCGCCCGCCUCCGCCGCAUCUACCAGGGCUACCUCAAGGAGGACGGGCCGCCGGCCUAGCGGGGCGGCCCCCUGCCCCGCAGCCCCUUCCCCAGGGCGGGCGAAUAAAGCGGGUGCUGGCCUGGUUCUUUGUCA